UGGGGGAAGGAAGCGGAAAUAAACCCUUCUGCUAGCAGCUACAUGUAGGACGAUCAGCCUGAGACAUUACAGCGUUUUGUUGCCUCUCCAGAGGAAGAAGCAGGGAGUGGAUUAGAAACACCAUACAGGGUUUUGUUACGGUGGCAGCAUCGAAACGGAAUAUAUUCUGAGUGGUACCUUCCUGUGACCUGUAUGUGAGGUCUCAGCCCUAAAGGAGCGGGUCAUAGACGGGAGGAGAGACUCGGAGGAUAUUAUCUGGCCACAGGAGCCUGGAUACGUGUUUUUAUUUUUUAUUCAACCCCUGAAACACAACCACAGACAAGCAAGUGAUUUUUUUUUCUCUCCAGUAACCACUACAAGCAUGGAGGCCAUAGCAAAAUACGAUUUCAAAGCCACUGCUGAUGACGAGCUUAGUUUCAAGCGUGGAGAAGUCCUCAAGGUAUUAAAUGAAGAGUGUGAUCAGAACUGGUACAAGGCGGAGCUAAACGGAAAAGACGGCUUCAUUCCCAAGAAUUACAUAGAGAUGAAAGCCCAUCCGUGGUUUUUCGGGAAGAUCCCUCGAGCCAAAGCAGAAGAGAUGCUGAACAAACAGAGGCACGACGGGGCCUUCCUCAUCAGAGAGAGCGAGAGCGCACCGGGAGACUUCUCUCUCUCUGUGAAGUUUGGAAACGACGUCCAGCACUUCAAGGUUCUCCGUGACGGAGCGGGGAAGUACUUCCUGUGGGUGGUGAAGUUUAACUCUCUCAACGAGCUGGUGGAUUAUCAUCGCUCCACCUCGGUCUCUCGCAACCAACAAAUCUUCCUGCGAGACAUCGAGCAGGCUCCCCAGCACCCCACGUACGUGCAGGCUCUCUUUGACUUCGACCCUCAGGAGGAAGGAGAGCUGGGCUUCAGACGCGGAGACUUCAUCCAGGUGCUCGACAACUCAGACCCCAACUGGUGGAAGGGGGGCUGCCACGGCCAGACGGGCAUGUUCCCCCGCAACUACGUCACGCCCGUCAACAGGAACAUGUAGAACAGUCAGACCAUGUCAACAACAACAACAGCAACAGCAUCAUUUUGAUCUCAUCCCAUCAAACCCUCCUCCUCCUCGUCCUGAGGAGAAAACAUGGAGGAUGGAUCGGAGGGGAAACGUCCUCUGUCCUUAACUUCUUAACAUUCUGCCUUUUGUCUUUUGUGUUCCUCUCUUCUUUGCCGCAUGUUGUUUUUAAAUCACCCCUUAAAGAAAAAAAACCUGUUUUAAAAGAAAAGAAAAAAAAUGUAAAAAAUAAAGAAAUGGUUUUAAAAAAAAAUGUACAAAGAAGAUGCAAUCGACAGUGGGCGACGGGUUGAUCGUUGGCACGUGAGCAUUGUACAUCGGCCUCUCGGCUGUAUAAAUAAAUCAACUAUAGAGAGAAUCCAUUUUUUAAGAAUAUAUAUUAUAUAUUUGUAUGUGUUUGUCUGUUUUACCUCUCAUCACAAAUUGUAUUUUUUUCCAUUUUUGUAAAUUAUGUUCUGUCUGGAUACGCCCUAGUAGCUCUAGGGGAGUGCUGAGUCGUCUUUUUGUUUUUCUGAAUAUGUCUGGGGGCUCUCGGAUAGGAACAGCAUGAUGUGUAAAAGGGGUCGUCAAUUCCAUUUUGAAUGAACUUGUCUAUAAUGCAUACCGGAGGAGAGACUGUCCGACCAGCAGAGGAGCCAUGAAUGCUGCGAAGAAGAGCUGUCGUAUUAUACAAAGUGUAAAAAAAAAAAAAAAAAAAAGGGGGUCAGCCGCCUUUUCAGAAGUAUUUAUUGCAGCCAUUUUGAUUUCCGGGGGUCAGUGAAUGUAGCUCCGCAGACACGAGGGCAGCGGUCGGAGAACUGAACCAAACUAUACAUCAUGCAAGGGAUUCAAAAUAAAGAAAAAAGAGUGUGUGUACAUUGAACACACUUUGAUGACAUGCAUGCGUCUCCUCCUUGUUAUACCUGCACGUAGCAAAGAGGCGGAGCUCCUUCGGAUAAUCACCAAUCAGACAGGAGACUGAGAGAUUGUCUUUGAUGCUAAAAGUUGAGGAAUCAGCUUCUUGUGUUGUCUAGCACUUUGUUGAUUUCUGGUCCAGUGUGUGUGUGUGUGUGUUUACCGUGUUUUCUCUCUGGAUAGUGCCUUUCUCUCUGGUGUCUCAGUGUCUCCGACCUGCUACUUUGAGCCCCCCCCCCCCCCCCCCCCCCCCC